GGUUGGAGCAUUACCUGAGAAGAAGACAGGAGCAAACACUGGACGCCUCAAUGUGUUUAUACGCUGAAGAGAUGAGCUUGGAGUCAUACUCUGAAUCCAGCUGCUCAGGCCUCAAAGAGUUGCUGAGAGAAGUGGGGCAGCUGUUCUGGAUGCAGGACAUUAAAUGUGACUGAUGAGAACGGGUCAGCAGUGUCAGCUGACAUAACGAAAUCAGGUUAAGCACAGACUUGAUUACGGCCGUCCUCUGUGCGAAUCCGUUGUUUCUCGGCUUCUUCGUGGUCCUGUGGUCCGGUCCGGUCCGGUCUCUGAAGCGUCUCUAGAGCUGCUGGAGGGCCAGGCUCCUGACUGACAGACCGAGCCGUGUGGGAGGGUGUGAACCAAGUGGAAUCUCACACCACCACUAGCAGCCAGUUUUCCCCAGCAUCGGUCCAAACCACAGGAUCGCUGCUCCUGGACUUGGCUCGGCUCACAACGAACACGGCUCUGGAAACACAGGUCCAUUUAUUUAGUUCACUCUGUCACUCAGCUUUCCUUAGGAGGCUUGAGAUCCAGUGUGGAGAAAGUGAAAGCACCAAAAUGACACAAGAGCCCGUUUUUAUUUCAUGUACUGUCCUGCACCAACAGGAACCAGCACCAAAGCUGCUCUUUGUCAGGUCCAUUCGUUGAUUCCACAUUAGUCCCAUCGUGUUGGGAGUCAGUGGCUGCAGCCAAACUUCACUGUGACUCAGAACCAAGCACGGUCCUGUGAGCUGGGCUCAUCAGGCUGAAGAAAGACUUGGCACUGAUUAUUUAGUUUAUCGCUGUAAACAUCUGCAUCAGACCGUGAGGCUGAGACGUUGCGAGCCUUUCACCCAAAUGGACCCACUGCAGCUUGUGUCUGUCUGAUCCGGAACCAGGCAGACGUCCGAGUCCGUCGUCCUGGGAGGCCUGUGAUUCCCUGCUCAGAUUAGGCUGACGUUUGGUCAGCACAGGGACAUUAACACACAGCUAGCCGCGGCGCUGACCCGUAUCGCUGCCAUGUAAUGCGAUUCAGAGCAGAAACCGCACCAUGAGGCUUUGAUGAUAAGUGAAUCUACUUUAGAUAAUGAACCAAAAUAGGCUGUUAAUAAGAAGCAGUGCAGUGGAUCCUGGGUUCAGCUGUUUCCACCGUCUGCUGCGGAGUUCUGGAACUGAAACAGGAGCUUGUACUGAGCUGUUGGCAAUAGGCGGUGCCACCAUGUUCGGGUGUGAGGCCCGAGUCUCACGGUUCUGGAGGGGAGCUGAGUUUGAAGUGAGGCUAGAACAGCUGGGGGUGAAGUGUGGUCCCUGGUGGCUCUGUGGCACGAAGCGAAGAUCUACAGAGACCGGGUCUUAUCUGAGCAUCACCUGUGUCACCGUUUAGGGGCGCCUUCACAGACGUCCCAGCAGCCGGUCCCAGCAGCCGGUCCCAGCAGCCGGUCCCAGCAGCCGGCCAGAAAAUGACGACAGGACGCGGUUCCCUGUCUGUGAGCGCGGCCACACCAGCACAGUCGGCCCUUUAUCUCCGCAUUUUAUCAGCCUCAUAAUUCAGCCUUUACAACAUAAGCAAACAUUCCACCGGGUUCUGGCGUCGUCUGGUCCGAGUUUCACUGCUUCCAGCUCAUUUGCUGGCAGCUGAACUCAGAGGUGAAAUCCUUAAACUUCUGCUUCACUCUCAAAUGAUUUCUAACUUUAUUUCACCUGACUGAGGCUCAAAGCCUCUGUCUGUGGGUCCAGAGCCAUCGGUUCUGUUGCCACUGGGUCAAGCGAGAGAAAGCUGGUCAGCACUAAGAGGUACUUCACUCUACUGCCUUGACUGCAUCCAGCACCAGCCUCUGACCCAGUAGAACCAGCUCCAGCCUCUGACCCGGAGGAACCGGCGCCACAGUCUUCCACUUUUUGUACUACUGAUCAUAUCGCGCUCAUCUUAUCUCAGUAGUCCAAGUGAAAAGCUGCUGUGACAGCUCUCUGGGUGGAGAAGGGGGGCGGGGGUUCGGCCCAGUGACGAGGCCUGGCCCACAUCCCGUCCUGCUGGAUGUGUGGCUACAGGGAGGCGUCCUCAGUGGCUGCAGCAGGAGCAGAGGCAGCAACAUGAGUGGGCGCAGCGACGCACGGGCCGCUGAGCUGUUCACUGAGAAGCCCACGGCUGAGCAGGACCUCCGGUUGGACCGGGCAGCUGCUGCUGCCCUCACCUGUCUGAAAGCUUGCUGAGAAGUUGCUGCGCACGCGCUCCCUGCACCUGCUCGGAGGAAAAGUUCUGCUUCUGGGCGGAUGAACUGUGUUCUGAGUGCGUUGGACCCGGACGACAUGGAUACGUGUUUCUUGCCCGUGUUUGUGCUCAUGUUCUCUCUGGGCUUCAGGAUACAGGAGGGCACGUGCCACUUUGUCCUCCGGCCCGUUCCCAGUGACACUCUGCCCGUAACUAUCUUUAGGGAGGUACCGGAUCCCAUGUUGGACCCAAAGGAAAGGGACCUGAAUGAGACGGAGCUCCGGGCCGCGCUCGGCAGCCACUUCAACGCGUCCUUCAUGUCUGUGUCCCCGCCGGAGGACAGGAACGCGGGGGGCGAGGACGCGAGCGACUCGGAGAUGCGGCAGAAGCUGAAGGAAAUCCGGGCCAUUGACCUCGAGGUCCAGUCAGGCAAGAAGCAGAAGUCGAGCCGACGCCUCCGCAGACGGCUGCAGCAGUGGUUGUGGUCCUACGCAUUCUGCCCGGUACUUUACGCGUGGAACGACCUGGGCGGCAGGUUCUGGCCGCGCUACCUGAAGGUGGGGAGCUGCUACAAUAAGCGGUCCUGUUCGGUUCCGGAGGGGAUGCAAUGUACUCCCGCCAAGUCCAUUCAUUAUACCGUCCUACGGUGGCACUGCCCGCAGAGGAAGGGGCCUCCCAAGUGCGUCUGGAUACCGAUCCAGUACCCUGUGAUAACAGAGUGUAAAUGCUCCUGUCACGGAACCGAACAAGACUCCGUUUGAAAUCAGUACACGCAAAUGUGGGACGUUACUGGACCCGAGGACGUAUGAGGGGCUUUAAUGUCUGAUGACAGGACUCGGUUCGGUUCACGUAAUCACCGACUGUGUUAAGUGGACUCGGUCUGUUUAUAUUUAUUAUAGUCAUAUUGUGGUUAUGCUCAGACAAACGGCUCCGUCACAUCCAACUUGUGUGAUCAUGUGUCAAAUAAACGAGUACAGCGAUCAGUGAACAUCAGCUCAGACUCGUUUCUUCCCAUGUCUGUUCAGCUUCAUUCGCUGCCCUGAGGAACAGUCCAGGUACUUAGUAUAACUUGUUAGUGCCGCCUUUUCUUUAAAAACUGAACACGAAUAAAAGCGUUAAUGUAAAUUAAAUGUAUUAUCAUGUAGCUUCAGGCAUUGCUAAAUGUAAACAUACGUGUGCGUUGUGGCAGUAAGUUUUUCUUUAAUGGCUUUCUUGACAUUUUGGACAGGACUACACUUCCCAGCAUGCACUUCAGCUGAGAGGGAGGACUGGUAGGACUGAAGUUUGAGAGCAGGCUGCACAUUUUCAUUUCACUGUUUCAGGAGGAAAUAAAGCACGAGACAUUCA